AUGGCAAAAACUUUUAAAAAGGGAAAAUCAAGUAAUGAGAAGAAAGAAAAAAAUCGUUUGAAUAAAAAAACAGAGGGAGUAAAGGUUAAUUAUACAAAGAAAGAUAAAAAUAACAUAGAUAGAAAUGAUAAGAAAGGGGGUAAAAAAGUAAACAAAAAAGGUAGCAAAAUUGAUAAAAAAAAAAAUGAAGGGGGUAAAAAAACCUUAGUAGAAAAUAAAAAACAAAAAAGCGACAAAAAUAAAGAAGAUUGGGAUGAUAAAUGCAAAGAAAUUUUAAAUGAUGAAAAUUUGUCUAAAUCAAAAAAAAAAAAACUUAUAAAGGAAUAUAAAAAAAAAAAAUUUGCAGAAAAUUACGAUUAUUAUAAAAAGCUAAAACUAAAUUUAAAUGAUUUAUUACGAUCAAAAGAUAAAUCAGAGAAGAAUAAACAAAUAAAUAUAAUAUAUAAUGAAUUAAAAAAAAUAGAGCUAAGCAAAUUUUGCCGUACAAAUUUAGGAUAUCAUAUUAUAUCUGCUUUAAUUAUAAAUAGUGAUGAAGAAUGUCAAAAUAAAUUAUGGAAAACUAUUAGCACAAAUAUGAAUGAUAUUUGUGUAUUUAAUUUUGUUUCAUUAACUUUUCAAUGUUUUUAUAAGCAUGCAAAAAAUGAUCAAAUAAGAAAUGAUAUUUGUAUGUGGCUAAUAAAAAAUCCAAAAAAUUUUUUAACAAAAUUUGCUUCAAGAUUAUGGCAUAUAGUAUUUAAAAAAUUAAAAACAGACAUGAAAAUAAAAAUAAUUAAUUCUUUAAUAUUACCAAAUAUUAAUUCGUUAAAAAAUGUAUCAUUUGAACUUUUAAAAAAACCCACAAAAGAAAUGUUUGUAACACUUAGCGAAGAAAAUAAAACAGCAAUCUGCAAUUACCUCAUUGAAUAUAUUGAAAAUGUUGUAGAAAAAGAAUUGUUAUAUAAUAUAGUUACACACAAUUUAAUAUUAACUGCAACCGAAAUUCUGGCUGAAGGCGAAGAAAAUAUAGUUAAUGAUAAACUUACAAAAUUGAUGGAAAUAAUACAUGAGGGAUGUGAAUAUUUAAUAUCUACAAACAUUGGAAAUAAAGCAUUAAUUUAUUUAUUAGGAUAUAGCACAAGUAAACAUAAAAAAACUUUAAUAAAAAUUUUAAAAAAUUAUAUGGUAGAUUUAUGUAAAAACAGUGUAAAUUUUUUAUUAGUAAUUAGACUAUUAAAAAUAACAGAUGAUACUAAACUUUUAAAUGAUUAUAUUGUAAAAAAAAUUACAAAUUCUUUUGAAGAAAUAUUUAACGAUUAUUAUGGAUUUUAUGUAAUAUUAGAAUUUUUUUAUGAUAUUAAUCAAUAUAAUGAAGAUAAGUAUUUUUUUGUAGAUUGGAAAAAUAUGAUAUAUAGCAAAACUGUAAAAAGUGUAAAAGAUGGAUGUAAAAGAAAAAAUGAAAUAAUACAGCCAAUUAUUGAACAAUUAAAAAAUAUAUUUAAUGAAAAAGAUAAAUUAAAUAGUUAUUUAAAUGAUAAGAAAUAUGUUAUAAUUAUUUUUGAAUAUAUACAAUUUACACAAGAUGAUCAAAUCAUAAAUAAUAUUUUGUCUAUUUUAGGAGAUAUUAUAUUAUUGCUUAAAAAUGAUGAAAAUAUUAAUGAAAAAUAUAAUUGUAAAAAUAUUAAUGAACUAUUUUUAAAACUUUAUACAUGUACAAAAAAUCAAGAUAUAUUUAAAAAAGUAACAAAUCAAAAUAAUCCUUCUUCAAUGUUUUACCAAUUAUUGUCUGAUCUUUUUAUUACAAAUAUAGAAAUUAUUCUCAAAUCAGAAUUAAUUAAAACGUUUAACAAUUUUAUCAUAUUUAUAAAAGACACUGAUAAUAAUAUAUAUCAACAAAUUUUAUCAAAAGCCAAAAAUACGAAUAAUGAUGCAAUUUACAACACACUAAAAGAGAUUUUACCAAAUAUGACAUAUUUUAAUAAAUAUCUUGAGCUUAUUAACCAAUAA